CAAACAAGAGAGAAAAGCUAGCUUGUCUGCUGUUUUUCUUUCCGAGGCCUUUCUGUGUGUGUUGCUGAAGCAAGCAGAAACGGACGACAAAUGCUCUACAAAUAUUGUGGUAUUUCACCCUUCUCGUGCCAUAUUUCAGAUACCUAAGUACCACCAACCUGAUGCUGAUGAAUUGUAGAACCAGAAUUCGAUUAUAUGAGCUUUUCAAGUGAGAGCAUAAUUGUGGAAUCUGUCGUCAUUGCUGGUACUGAAUUCGUCAAAAAUUUGUAAGAUGCACAACAGGUUGUGUUUGCCCACCUACAACCAGUAUUACGAAAUGGUGUACAACUUGAGCAUAUCUACAACAACUGCUGCAGAGAGGUAACUAUUGUGAUUAACUCACCUGUCUAUAUAAUCACAACACCGAGGCAAGAGUCAUACAAAAAGCUUUGAAGAAGUACUAAUUAUUCAUUCCCUGCAAACUUUUGUGAAUGAAAAUAAACCCAGCUGCUGGAUCCGCCAUCAACUCAACAUAACAAUUUCUUGACUCAUCAAGUGCAAAAGGCAUCAUCAUGAAAGCUGAAGUGACCAGUGCAGUUAACUUCCUUACGAACUUGCUUCGAUCCAACAAGGACUUCGUGCGACAACCUGUACGCCUUGAGAGAUUCUCCCAGAUCUUAAUCAACCUGGUGUGCGAGCACUACCAAUCCCACUGGUUCCCCGACAAGCCAUUCCGUGGAAGCGGCUACCGCUGUAUCAGAAUCAACGACAUGAAAAUGGAUCCUCUGAUCGCCAAGGCUGGUCAACUGGUCGGUAAACAAGUGGAUGAAAUGCAGUUGCUCCUCCCCAGCGAGCUGACGGUGUGGGUCGACCCAGAUGAAGUGUCGUACCGAAUUGGCGAGGAAGGUUCCAUCUGUGUUCUGUAUGAUGGCGUGUCCAAGACCACCAGUGAAACGAAGCUGAGUGCAAUGGACUUAUUGAACUGCAAGAUGCAGUGGAACAAUCGCAAUUCCUCCCACCCCGGCUUGGACACAGCAGACUUUAACCGAAACGAUGUAACAGUAAACGCGUAAACCCCUUAAAACCAUUUAAAUGGAUUUUAACCAAAGCUUUGAAUGACCCUUUUCAUCUUGACAAUGGACUGAAAUGUAUUCUCUUGUUGUAUUGUUGAUAGAUUUAUCAUUAAUUUUUUUCUGACAAAAUGUAGAAAGAAACAAAAAAAAAUCAAAAAAUGGUACUUUUUCUCUGCCAGGUUUUGUCAAAUUUUUAAAAUAGGAUUUACGACAUUGUAAAUACUUUAAAAACUAUGGUACAAAAUUAUUUUUUCAGAAAACAAUUGUGCACAU